AGCCUCCAGGCCACAGGCGGCAGUAGCGGGCUACAGACCGCGACAUUGUAGCAGCGAGGGCGGUGUGCGGGACACAAUGUAGCCAGGGCGGUGCCAUCAGGUGGGAUGCUAUGGAAUAUGACGAGAAGCUGGCCCGGUUCCGGCAGGCCCAUCUCAACCCCUUCAACAAGCAGUGGGGGACUCGGCAGCAUGAGCAGGAGAUUGGUGAGGAGACCCCAGACAACACCACUGAAGAGACCCUGCAUGAGCUGCCCCCAGGGGAGCCAGAGUUCCACUGCACGGAGCGCACCAUGGACCUGGGGCUCUCUGAGGACCAUUUCUCCCGUCCGGUGGGCCUGUUCUUUGCCUCAGAUGUGCAGCAGCUGCGGCAGGCCAUUGAGGAGUGCAAGCAGGUGAUUUUGGAGCUGCCUGAGCACUCAGAGAAGCAGAAGGAUGCUGUGGUGAGGCUCAUCCACCUCCGGCUGAAGCUCCAGGAACUGAAGGACCCCAGUGAGGAUGAACCCAACAUCCGAGUACUCCUGGAACACCGCUUCUACAAAGAGAAGAGCAAGAGUGUCAAGCAGACCUGUGACAAGUGUAACACCAUCAUCUGGGGGCUCAUUCAGACCUGGUACACCUGCACAGGAUGCUAUUAUCGCUGCCACAGCAAAUGCUUGAACCUCGUUUCCAAGCCCUGCGUGCGCUCCAAGGUCAGCCACCAAGCCGAGUACGAGCUGAACAUCUGCCCCGAGAUGGGGCUGGACAGUCAGGACUACCGCUGUGCCGAGUGCCGGGCGCCCAUCUCCUUACGGGGCGUGCCUAGCGAGGCACGGCAAUGUGACUACACAGGUCAGUACUACUGCAGCCACUGCCACUGGAACGACCUGGCCAUCAUCCCUGCCCGAGUUGUGCACAACUGGGACUUCGAGCCACGCAAGGUAUCCCGCUGUAGCAUGCGCUACUUGGCACUGAUGGUGUCUCGACCAGUGCUCAAACUCCGGGAGAUCAACCCACUGCUGUUCAACUAUGUGGAAGAGCUGGUGGAGAUCAGGAAACUGCGCCAGGACAUCCUGCUCAUGAAACCCUACUUCAUCACAUGUAAAGAGGCCAUGGAAGCACGCCUGCUCUUGCAGCUCCAGGACCGGCAGCACUUUGUAGAGAAUGAUGAGAUGUACUCAGUGCAGGACCUGCUGGAUGCACACACCGGCCGCCUGGGCUGCUCACUCACUGAGACCCACACGCUGUUUGCCAAGCACAUCAAGUUGGACUGUGAGCGGUGUCAGGCCAAGGGCUUUGUGUGUGAGCUCUGCAGAGAGGGCGACGUGCUGUUUCCCUUCGACAGCCACACGUCAGUGUGCACGGACUGCUCUGCUGUCUUCCACAGGGAUUGCUACUAUGACAACUCUACCACGUGCCCCAAGUGUGCUCGGCUCACUCUGCGGAAGCAGUCACUCUUCCGGGACACUGGACCAGACGUGGAUGCCUAGAAGAGUGGGCACCCUCCUGGACCGCUGUGCACCUGCUCUGUGGUCAUUACCAAAAUCAAGGUGUAUCUCAUGCUUUGGAGACUCCUUGGAUGCAGCCCCAGGACCUCCCCUCUGUUGUGCUGUGAGGCAGGAGGAACGUCAGCCCUGGGCACCUACCAGGACUCAGAGCUGUGUCUGGCUAUCUCCCAGGGAUGCUGCUUUGAGGGUUGUUGGUGUGAUAUCCUUCCACUGCAGGGGCCCAGUGAUGGGGGCUGGGAAGGGCUUCUUACUCCCUCUGCAAUGAAGAGCCUCCCAUGACCCUGAUGCCUAAUAGCUGGGCCCUGGCUGAGGGCCCCCAAAAGGCAGCUGCUUUUAGCCAAUCUUGACCUGAGUUUGGUCUCUGGUGGGUGGUUUGAGAUACACCUGGAGGCUCCCAUUACCUCAGCCUCUUGUCUCCUCGGGGACCUCUGGCUGUACCUAGUUGUGCCGAAUCUCCACAGCUCGCCGCCUGGGUCUUCCUCUGGCGGGACCAGUCCAAGGACUAUCGUUCUUUCUAUACAGCAUGGAGGGAAGGGGCUGUGAACUCGUCCUGCUGAUUGGACUGGCCCAACUUGCCCUGGUGCUCCGAGCUAAGGGGCCUGUCUUGCUCGACAUAUAGAGCAGAGCCUGUGCCUGCGGGAGGUUCCAGGUUAGGCAGGAGUGGUGGUUAUGGGAGGUCUGUGUGCAAUUUCUUGGACCAAGUGUGCCUCAGGAGCCCCAUUCUGCUGCCAGAGUACUUCUGUAAAACCCUGGAAGGAAAAUGUGGAGACCACUAACCUGAGGGCUUUUCUUUGGGGCCUAAAGUCAGGUGCUGGAAAUACUUGUUCAGGGGAGAGCUCAUUGGAGAAGUCUGGGGAGUGGGGUGUUAGUAGUGGGGUGUGGGAGGGCCUGCACUAUAGCUGACAAAGGUACCUGGAUGGAGAUGAGGCCAUAGCUUUUCCAGGGGGAGCCUCAGUGGAUCUCAGUAUCUGCUUUUCGCUUUAGAGACCCUGCUGCUGAAGGGAAGGCCUGUGACAAGGACCUUCAGGCUAUGGCUUCUCAGUCUUUCCUGCUCUGUCUCUGUGCUCGUAGCCCUGGCCUGGGCUUGGCUGUGAGUACAUAUGGCUUGCACUCAGGUAGCAGGUGAUGGCAAGGACUCAGUUGCUCCAAGAGCCACCAUCUUUGACUGAGAAGCUCAAGAGGAGAAAUGUCAAGUUUGUUGGCCAGUGUGCGAGUAGGAACAGCAUCACCUCCUUGUCCUUUUAUGUCACCAGGAAGGCCUCACAUGGAAGCUUUGGGUAGCACACUGUCCUGACUACCUCAGCAGGAAACAGUGGAAAGCAAACAUUGUCACGUGACAUAGGGUCACAUAAGGCCAGCAGGGGCCCCCUGCCCUACAACACCCUCUUUUGGACUGAGGGGUGGGGUAGUGAUUAAAUGCCCUUUUUCUACACCCUCAAAUCAGCACAUUUCUCACUGCUGCAUCAUGUUUCUGUCAUAUGGAUACCGGCCAUUCCUGAAUUACUGUGCAGUCAACAUAACAUGUUAUUCCAGUUACAAUCGGUGUGUCCAUGGAAAACAUUAGCACGAUGACAUCUGUGUUGGACAGAGUUGGCUUCCUUCCCCUAACCUGGCCUCCAUUACCUCCUUUCCAACAUCUCUCCCCACCUACCACUUCUAGAUGAGUCUUUACGUCAAACUAUAUGUGGGACCCUAAGGCCAUAGCACAGUAGCAAAACCCCCCAAUAAACCACCUUGGCCAGCACCUCAGAAGAAAAUGAGGGACACCCCAUUGUAAUACUGCUGUAGCCAUGCUAAUUAAAUCCAUGUUUCACAGA